CUGGAGAAUCACUAGUGUUUGCCAGUCUAAGAGCAACUUCUGUUUCCAGGCAGACUCAAGCCUUUGAAGCCAAAAAACCGGCUUCAAAGAUACUGACAUUUGCUUUGCUAGGCCCUGUGAGACUUCAGGCCCUUGAUGCAAAUGGGCAACUGCUGAAUUAGGAGUGGGGGGCGGGGUGUGUGUGUCGUAGUCUACAGGAAUGACCAGCAGGGGCUGCCGCGUGCUCCUAUGUUGUCCACGUGUGCCCAAAGCUCCACCGCCAGCCCUGUCUCCUCUGCCCAGGCACAACCCUGCUCCAAACCCCGUACGGGGGGCUGGAGGCAUGCUGGAAUGGGCCCCCUGUGCCACUUUUCCGGGAGGAAGGGGACAGGAAGGAACCAAUGGUCACAGGUUCCACUCACAAGAGGGAAAAACCUGGGAGUGGGGGGUUCCUUUAUGGAGGAGGUCACAUGCCCUGCACAAAAACAUCCCGAAGAGAACUGGUACUGACUGAGUUGGCGCCGGGGGGUGAAGACACCCCAGGGAGGAGGCGGCACCGCGAGCGGGGGACGCCCGUCUCUGAUCCCACCAGGCGCGUCAGGGAAAGUUGGCCUUCAUUUCGCCCAGGAUGGAGACAACUCCCUCACCCCCACGGCGGCCACGAGGCUCAAGGGAGGGUCAACGGAAGCCAGGUGAUGCGUGCGGGACCUCGGCCAGGAGUCCGGCCGGGCCCGUCCCCACCCCUCCCAAGGCCGGGACUUUAUUAAGGCAGGAGACGUCAGGGGGGAGCCCUUAGCUCCGAGGAACGCGAGACCUGGCGGGAGCGCGAGGCGACCAGCCUGCGGAGAGGAGUCGGGUCCAAGAAGGUUCUCCAUACAGAUUCUUGUGACUUUAAUGACCAGGCAACUGGGGAGGUACAAGGUCUUUCCAGGAAGGGAGGAAAUCUCUGGAAAAGAGGGGAAAGACAGACGCCACUGCCUUGGGACAAGCCGAGCCUGGAGUGCUGUGGGAAGCUGAAGGAGGAGACCAGCAGAAGCAGCAGGAAGAAAGCCCAGCCUUUGGUGGAGGUUGUGUUCUUGACCAUCUGAGCUCAGUCCACUUCUGACAAGAGGGGCCACCUCGGGGGGCACUCAAGACUUGGGUUGGUUGGGCCCUUUCCCUCUGGAUGCCCUCUACUCCACUCCGAGGACCCUACACUGAGAACCAAAGAUAUCCCCCAGGCACAGCACUGGCCAGCCGGAGGAGGGCAUCUGCACCCCUAGUGGCCGGCCACUGGUCUGGUGAGGAUUUGCUUGUUUCCCUCCAGCCCACGGCUGCAGUGCUUGAUGGGGCUGCCUGUUGGCGGAUCAGUUUUUGCAGUGCCCGGUAGGAGCCGAGCCGUGGGAAGAGGUCCUGCGGCAUCCGAGCCUGGGUUUGCCCCAAGACUAAGUUCUUUCUCAAGUUAGAAAGGGAGAGAGAAAGCAAAGAAAAGGAAAGUUCUCCCCCUCCCCUCCUCCCUGCCCGUCAUGUCCUCUAAGCCGGAGCCGAAGGACGUCCACCAGCUGAACGGGACUGGCCCAACUCCCUCUCCCAGCUCUUCUGAUGGCCCCGGGCGAGAGCCCUUGGCUGGGACCUCAGAAUUCCUGGGGCCUGAUGGGGCUGGGGUGGAGGUGGUGGUGAUUGAGUCUCGGGCCAACGCCAAGGGGGUUCGGGAGGAGGACGCCCUGCUGGAGAAUGGAAGCCAGAGCAACGAAAGUGACGACGUCAGCACCGACCGUGGCCCUGCACCACCCUCCCCUCUCAAGGAGACCUCCUUCUCCAUCGGGCUGCAAGUGCUCUUCCCCUUCCUCCUGGCAGGCUUCGGAACGGUGGCUGCUGGCAUGGUGUUGGACAUUGUGCAGCACUGGGAGGUCUUCCAGAAGGUGACGGAGGUCUUCAUCCUGGUGCCUGCACUGCUGGGACUUAAGGGGAACCUGGAAAUGACCCUGGCUUCAAGGCUGUCCACUGCAGCCAACAUUGGACAAAUGGACACACCCAAGGAGCUCUGGCGGAUGAUCACUGGCAAUAUGGCCCUCAUCCAGGUGCAGGCCACGGUGGUGGGCUUCCUGGCAUCCAUCGCAGCUGUCGUCUUUGGCUGGAUCCCUGAUGGCCACUUUAGUAUCCCGCAUGCCUUCCUGCUGUGUGCCAGCAGUGUGGCCACAGCCUUCAUUGCCUCCCUGGUGCUGGGUAUGAUCAUGAUUGGAGUCAUCAUCGGCUCUCGAAAGAUUGGGAUCAACCCAGACAAUGUGGCCACACCCAUUGCUGCCAGCCUGGGCGACCUCAUCACCUUGGCACUGCUCUCAGGCAUCAGCUGGGGACUCUACCUGGAACUGAAGCACUGGCGAUACAUCUAUCCUCUAGUGUGUGCCUUCUUCGUGGCCCUGCUGCCUGUCUGGGUGGUGUUGGCCCGCCGGAGCCCAGCCACAAGGGAGGUGUUAUACUCAGGCUGGGAGCCUGUCAUCAUUGCCAUGGCCAUCAGCAGCGUGGGAGGCCUCAUCUUGGACAAGACUGUCUCAGACCCUAACUUUGCAGGGAUGGCUGUCUUCACACCUGUGAUUAAUGGUGUUGGGGGCAAUCUGGUGGCUGUGCAGGCCAGCCGCAUCUCCACCUUCCUCCACAUGAAUGGGAUGCCAGGGGAGAACUCUGAGCAAGUUCCUCGCCGCUGCCCCAGCCCAUGCACCACCUUCUUCAGUCCAGAUGUGAAUUCCCGUUCGGCUCGGGUCCUCUUCCUCCUUGUGGUCCCAGGACACCUGGUGUUCCUCUACACCAUCAGCUGUAUGCAGGGUGGGCACACCACCCUCACACUCAUCUUUAUCAUCUUCUACAUGACAGCUGCACUGCUCCAGGUUCUGAUCCUCCUGUACAUCGCAGACUGGAUGGUGCAUUGGAUGUGGGGCCGGGGCCUGGACCCAGACAACUUCUCCAUCCCGUACUUGACUGCCCUAGGGGAUCUGCUGGGCACUGGGCUCCUGGCACUCAGCUUCCAUGUCCUCUGGCUCAUUGGGGAUCGAGACACGGAUGUUGGGGACUAGCAUGGCCAGUCAACCCUUUCCCCAUCCCUCUGCACUUUCUCUUUGGAAUUUUGUCUUUUGUUCCUUUAUCCCUCCCCCCUCCCCCCCUUCUCCACACUUUCUGGACAUCUCCACUUUGAUACCAAAUUCUCAUUAUUUUCAAUGGGAAUUUUUAUGCAUUGAGCCAAGUUUGGAUAGCAAGAAUUCAGGAAGAACAGAUGGGCUGAGAUGAGCAGUACAAGUAGACUUGAGACAAUCACCAAGUGCAAUUCCAUAGUGGGUGCCUCCAGGCGGGGUAGACUGGGACAGGAGGUUCUGGCUGGGAUGGGGAAUAUUAGGUUUAGCUUUAGUAACUUCAGUCUUGGCCCUAAUGAGAAAUCCUUUGGGAGUGAGCCUUGGUUUGGGGGUUCUGUUAUUUUUUAUUAUUUUUUUUUUCCUUUUUGGUUGAACAGAGGGAUAGAAACACUCCUGUACAUGAGCACCUACUUUUGUAGAAAUGGACCAACUUCAGAGCACUGGGCAGGAAGCAGCUGUUUCAGGGCCCCUAUAAUCCUACCUUGUGUUCUGCCUUCUGAACCUCAACCCUCUGGCCCUCAGAAAGGAGUUGGGUGGACUGGCAUGCCUCUUGCCUGACUGCCUGAUCACUAUCACUUGUUGACUGUCAACACAUCCAGAAGGAAGCAAGCAGUGGCCUGAGCUCCCACAGGUUUCCCAAGCUCCACAUCCUCCCUGGGCCCACAGGAACGAGUCUGUCUCUGUUCAACCCUCCUCUCUUAAUUGUCUAAGUACUCCCUUCCCCAGAGCUUGCCUUCAGGAAGGGUUUCAAGAUUAGGGACAGAGCGAAGGCAAGAGGAGUAUUAACUUGGAAGUCAGGCAAUCAGGGCUGUUUUAUUGCUGCUGUUUCUCCUGAAGACUUUAUCUUGUGAUUACCUUGGCCUCUGUCUCUUCCUAAAAGCCCUCAUUGUGUUGUGUCCUGGAGGUCAGUUGUCCUCUCUCUUGACUCCUGCUCCCCUUCAGACACUCAUCAUUCAUUCAUUCAUUCAGCAAAUACACAGCCUCCCCAAGAUGAGCUCUUCUGCAGGCAUGGUCUGAAAUCAAUUCACUAACCAGUAUUUAUUGAGUACCUGCUGUGUGCUGGCACUGACUAGCCAGUGGUUAAGGAAUUACAACUUUAACCUCUCCUCAUUCCCCAGGUUACAGAGGCCACUUGCCCUUUCCAGUCUGGCAGAGAACAUUCCCCCGCAUUGUAGGUAUUUGUGUCAACUUUCACCAAGACAGCUUUUGCUUUGUUCUCCCUCCAGAUUCCAGUUUUGCUAGCUCCAGCAGCCCCAUUGUUCAACCAAUGCUUGAGUCUCUAAACUACCCUUCCUCACCUUCUCUUCCCUCCACUUCUCCUCACUAUAUAAAAAGAGGAUUUAGAACAAUAAGCUGGAUCUCAACCAGAUGCUUCUCCAUCUCUGCCUAGCAGAAUGGGGGAAGAGCCAAGCCUCUGCCACUUCCCCAUGCAUUAAUUCAGAAAGCUAUCCGUACUCAACAUGCAAAUGUGGGCACUGAUAUGCAGAUUUUACUAACCUGUGUGUCAACAGCCUCCCCAUAAAUCCUCCCUUCUCUCGAUCAAGAAAUACCUAAGCAAUGGCCCUAUUUUUACCAGCACCAUGCCUUACCCCAGGAGCUUACCCUGGGCCUUUAGAAACUCUUUUCUCCCUCAUUUCCUCCCAGGGCACCUCUGGAAUCAUAGAACCCUAGACUUGGAAAGAAUUGUAGAGGUUUUCUAGUCAGAGUUCUGUCCAGCAGAAUUCAUUAACACCAGCCUGGGCUUGUUUCUGCUCCUCCCUCUGACCUCCUUUCAUCUUUCCUCCCCUCCUCCAAACACUUGCACACAGACUUUUAUACAGGCACUAAAUUCUGAGGCUCUGCCCUGUCCCACCACUCACUCCAUCCUGUGUCUGGAGUUUGGCCAGGCUGUCCUGGAGACUCUGGAAUGUCCCUCCCUCCUCCUUUGCCUAGCAAGCAGGAAGGUCGGUGUGCCCCAGGCUCAGUGGAAGCAGAGGAGGACUGUGGGUUGAGGGGGAAGGAAAAGGAAGUUGACUUCAAUGGAAGAGUAAUUUCUUUCCCCCUAAUUGCACCAACCACAUAUACUUUUGGCCUGGCUGCAAGGAAUAUUGGUUUACUCUUGUAUCCUUCAAAAGUUACAGAACUGUGUCAUAAGAGAAUUAUUUAUAGUUACUAUAACUGAAUUGACAGAUGUCAACUUAACUGAUAAAUUAUAUUUGGUAAAAUAAAGAGGACGUUUAUUUA